CUCAAACAAUCGGCAGCACUACGAAGCCACGGCAUGUAAGAUACGAGAAGCAGAACGGGAACGCACAUGGCACGCUAGCAGGAUCAGCACUAGAGGGCCGGGAAGAACACUUCCACGCGAAUGAUAAACGAGGGAGUUGCUCAGGUCGGCUCCACACCAUCUCUAGUUCCAUUGAACCGGAAAGGGCGUUGUGCCUCACUCAUGCAGUCUCAUGCACUGUCGAGACAUCGUCUGACCUGGCCUUGGGCUUUGAUCUCUCUUCCUUUACCGCUACUCAUCGGAAGCGCGCUUGUCGGGCCUCAGCAUCGACACUACAUCCCGCGUCGAACAAAGAACCGAAUACGACGAACCAUGGGAGUAAAUCUGACAUGCGGCAAGCCAGCCAAGAUGGACCCCCGUGUCAUGGUAUGUCUUUGCGUUUUCUCCGAACUAUACAAUCGGACCCUGAACAUCUUCUACGCCCAUCCUGUACAUUGUCCAUAACCCUUCCGGAGCUCUAUGCGCAGUCUUACUUUGCUCCACCCGCCUCACAUACCAUAAUCCAUCCUAAUGACGCCUACCAAGACGCCCGGGCAGCAAAGCAGACCCUAUUUUCCAACGAACCAAACCUCAGGGGAAACGCUUUGAUCCAUACAAAGAUAGCGGUGUGUAACCGGAUACAACUCCGCACUCUCAACUUGCAUAAUCCACAUUCUCUCGUGACGAGGAGGGCGCUUACCAUCACAAACGGUCCGAUCUUGGGGCGUCUCCAAGGAAAGGAAAACCGAGAAAAUUGCUUUUCAUGCAUUUUCGUGCAUUUGUUGCAAUCUAAAUCCAUCAACUUGGCCGACCGGACAGCAAUCUAUCCAGAUUCCGAUCUGGAUGUGGAAGGCGUGCCGACCCCUCCUAAUUCGCCGCUCUAUUUUUCUUUUUUUCUUUUCGCCUUAUCAUGUGCAUGUGAAAAGAUUAUAUUGCUUGCUGGGCACGAAUAGAGAAUAGAUCUGUUUGUAGUCGAAUGCAGGGUAACGAAUACCAUGUCCAUAUGUAAGACGAUGGGAAGCCACAUGGGUAAUGCCUGUGCGUCGUUUCUGCAAGAUGCCGGUGAGACCAGUGGUGCGGAAGGGGCAGGAGUUGUCGGCCUAAAGUUUACUCACUCUUUGACUCCCAGACCCUGGACGUUAU